UCAACAAGCAAUCUGGUAGGAGCACAAUUUGAUAUUGUCCUCUUCAGGAAAGAAAUUAUCUCCUUCAGAUUGCAAAUAUUCCAUGAUCUGCUUCGCUUUCUCCAAUUGAACUCUCCAUGUCAAACAUCCCAUGGCCAUGAGGCAUAUGCACAAGGUCAGGAGACAAUUUCAUUGACCGAGCUUGAUGCAGGAGUGUAAAUUUGUGAACCUGGCUUAGCGCUUUCCUCUGUUCUUGAAUUUCGUCUGAUGGAGCCGGCGUCGCCACCGCAGAGGCUGAUUUGCUGCUUCUCGUUCUCGCCGGCGAAGGGCGGCCGACGGAAGAGAGCGGGGAAACGAGUUUUGAGGUCGGACAUGGAAGAGCCGAACUGGGGAAAGAACGAGGACAUGCUGUCGGAUAUGAGCACGUUCUCGGUGCAGGAACAGGAGAGGAGGCUGAAGAUCGCGCGGGAAGAGGAGGCGAGAGCAAGGAGGGAGGCCGAGAAGGUGGAUGUGUGGGUGAGGCAGGAAUCGGCGCGGAUGAAGGUUUCAAUUCGAGAUGAAAAGGAUGCCGAAUAAUGGUCUUUUGGUUAUGUAGCUAGCUAAUCAUACAUCAAUCUGUUCAUAAUUCAACAAAAUGUUUCAUUUUUGUGUAUCAA